AUGAUUCUAUUCAUAAUUUUCUUUGUACUUUCAACACUUUCAUGUCCCCAAGCUGUAGCUGAAGUCACUGAAACUGAAGCACAAGCUUUGUUAAAAUGGAAACAUAGUUUUGAUAACCAUACCCAAACUCUCCUAUCAACUUGGAUAAAUACCACUAAUCCAUGCAAAUGGCAAGGAAUUCAUUGUGAUAAAUCAAAAUCAAUUUCAACUAUAAACCUUGAAAAUUUUGGACUUAAAGGUACACUUCACUCUCUCACUUUUUCUUCACUCCCAAAUCUCAUGACCCUAAACAUCUAUAGUAACCACUUUUAUGGAACCAUUCCUCCCCAGAUUGGAAACAUGUCAAAAAUAAUCACAUUGAAUUUUUCUCAAAACCCUAUUGAGGGUUCCAUUCCUCAAGAAAUUUUCACUUUGAAAAGUUUACAAAAACUUGAUUUUUCAGUUUGUAAACUAAGUGGAGGAAUUUCUAGUUCUAUAGGAAAUUUAUCCAAUUUAUUGUAUCUAGAUUUAGGACACAAUGAUUUUUCUGGUGGAUCUAUUCCUCCUGAGAUUGGAAAAUUGAACAAGUUAGGGUAUCUAGCAAUUCCAUAUAAUAGCCUAAUUGGUUCAAUUCCACAAGAAAUUGGACUUUUGAAAGACCUUACUGCUAUUGAUUUGUCAACAAAUUCUCUAUCUGGUGUCAUCCCUGAAACUAUAGGUAAUCUGAGUAAAUUGAAUCUUCUUGUAAUUUCUAAUAACACCAAGUUGUCUGGUCCAAUUCCACAAGAAAUUGGGCUUUUGACAAACCUUAAUCUUAUUGAUUUGUCACGCAAUUCUCUAUCUGGUGUUAUCCCUGAAACCAUAGGAAACAUGAGUAACUUAAAUUGGCUUGUACUUGCUAAUAACACCAAGUUGUCUGGUCCAAUUCCACAAUCCUUGUGGAACAUGUCUAACUUGAAUAGGAUUGACUUUCAAAAUAUGAAUCUUUCUGGUUCAAUCUCCGAUUCUAUACAAAACUUGGUUAAUUUGAAUGAACUUGCACUCGAUCACAAUCACCUUUCUGGAUCCAUUCCUUCCACAAUUGGAAAGUUGAAAAAUCUAGUUAAAUUAUUUUUGAUGAGUAAUCAUCUUUCUGGAUCAAUUCCUGCCUCGAUAGGUAAUUUGAUCAAUUUGGAUGUUCUUAGUCUCCAAGUAAACAAUCUCUCUGGAACAAUUCCAGAUUCAAUUGGAAAUUUGAAGAAGCUCACUGUUUUUGAAGUAGCUAACAAUAAACUUCAAGGUAGAAUUCCAAAUGGACUUUACAACAUUACCAAUUGGUAUUCCUUUGUUGUGUCUGAGAAUUCUUUGGUUGGCCAUUUGCCGUCUCAAAUAUGCUUUGGUGGUAAUUUAAGGUACUUAAAUGCUGAUCACAAUCGUUUCACCGGUCCGGUGCCAACAAGUUUGAAAAAUUGUUCUAGCAUUGAAAGAAUCAGGCUCGAGGAGAAUCAAAUCGAAGGAGAUAUAUCACAAGAUUUUGGUGUAUAUCCGAAAUUGCGGUAUCUUGAUAUGAGUCAUAAUAAAUUUCAUGGACACAUUUCAACAAACUGGGAAAAGAGUUUUGAUCUUGAUACUUUCCAGGUAUCUGGCAAUAAUAUUUCUGGUGUUAUACCAUUAGAACUUAUUGGUUUAACCAAACUCGGUAGGCUUCAUCUUUCUUCAAAUCAAUUGACUGGGAAACUUCCAAAGGAACUAGGAGACAUGAAAUCAUUAGUUGAACUCGAGAUUAGUAACAAUUAUUUCAUUGGUAACAUUCCAACAGAAAUUGGAAUGUUGCAAAGACUUGAAAAGUUGGAUCUCGGUGGAAACGAGUUGAGUGGCACGAUACCGGAAGAAGUUGCGAGGCUACCGAGGUUACGACUGUUGAAUUUAAGCAGUAAUAAAAUUCAAGGAAGUAUUCCACAUCAGUUUGGUUCAGCUCUUGAGUCACUUGAUCUCAGUGGCAAUUUUUUGAAUGGAGAAAUACCAACAGCUAUUGGAGAUUUGGUGCAGUUGUCAAUGUUGAAUCUCUCACAUAAUAUGCUUUCAGGGACCAUUCCUCAAAAUUUUGAAAGGGGUUUGGAUUUUGUUAACAUAUCAGACAACCGGUUAGCAGGUCCACUUCCGAAAAUUCCGGCUUUUCUUACUGCUUCAUUUGAAUCAUUCAAAAAUAACAAAGGCUUGUGUGGAAAUAUCUCAGGAUUGGAUCCUUGUCCAACAAGCCGUAGUCGAAAGAGCAAAAAUGUCCUUCGAUCCGUAUUGAUUGCUCUAGGAGCUGUAAUAUUAGUGCUGUGCGGUGUCGGAUUUUCAAUGUAUAUUUUCUGUCGAAAGAAACCAGCAAAGGAAGAAAGCCAAACUGAAGAAGAAGCACAAAGGGGAGUACUAUUUUCAAUUUGGAGCCAUGACGGGAAAAUGAUGUUUGAAAAUAUCAUUGAAGCUACUGAGAAUUUUGAUGACAAACACCUCAUUGGAGUUGGGAGUCAAGGAAGUGUUUACAAGGCAGAGUUGUCUUCAGAUUUGGUUGUUGCUGUUAAGAAGUUUCAUUCGGUAACAGAUGAAACAAAGUCAUAUUUCAGUUCAAAGCCUUUUAUUAGUGAGAUUGAAACCUUGACAGGAAUCAAACACAGGAACAUCAUAAAGCUUCACGGAUUUUGCUCACAUUCUAAGUUCUCAUUCUUGGUUUACAAGUUCAUGGAAGGUGGAAGCUUAGAUCAAAUGCUAAACAAUGAUACACAGGCCACAGCAUUUGAUUGGGAAAAGAGGGUGAAUGUUGUUAAAGGUGUAGCCAAUGCUUUGUCCUACCUGCAUCAUGAUUGCUCACCUCCAAUUAUUCAUCGUGACAUAUCAAGCAAAAAUAUUCUUCUUAAUCUUGACUAUGAAGCUCAUGUCUCCGACUUCGGGACGGCCAAGUUUGUAAAGCCGGGUUUAACUAGCUAUACCAAUUUUGCAGGCACUUUUGGGUAUGCAGCUCCAGAAUUGGCGCAAACAAUGGAAGUGAAUGAGAAAUGUGAUGUUUACAGCUUCGGAGUUCUUGCAAUGGAAAUCAUAAUGGGAAAACAUCCAGGAGAUCUCAUCUUAUUAUUUUUGUCACCAUCUACAAGACCAAUGGCUGAUAAUAUGUUGUUGAAAGAUGUUUUAGAUCAAAGACCUCAACAAGUUAUGAAACCAAUUGAUGAAGAGGUGAUCUUGAUUGCGAGGUUGGCAUUGGGUUGCUUGAGUCAAAAUCCACAUUCUAGACCAACCAUGGAUCAAGUAUCCAAGAUGCUUGCAAUAGGAAAAACACCUUUGGGGAACCAACUUCACAUGAUUAGACUAGGACAACUAGAAUAA